UUUACUUUCCCCAAUUUUGAACUUUUUUCCUCAAUUUUUCGAGUGUCGAAUCGUUUUCUGUGGAUUUUGGGGGAGGGAUUACGAUUUCGAUCAUGUCGUGGAAACCUUGAGGAUUUUUUUAUAUCCUAGAUCGAUCAAUGGCGUCGAUCCGGAGAACUCUAUCGCCAGCCUUCCAAGACCGGCCGUACGUGAACGGAGGCGGCUCUCCAUUUUCAGUGCCAUCGCCGUCGCAGAAGCUUCUCUCCAGCUCCAGAUACUCGCCGCCUUUUCCGUCGGCGAUUCUCGCCUUCUCCGUCUCCGUCCGGAGCUUCGUCGCGGGAGUUCUCUUUCACCGACCUAAUCGCAAAGGCCAGCAAUGGCGUCGAGGAUUCUACAGGUGCUUGCUCUUCUUCUUCUUAGGGUCUUUACUCGGCCUAUUGCCGUUCGGCCACGUUGACGACGACGAGAUUCGAGGUCGGAGCUUCAAUUUCGACAUCAAGCCGCCGCACGUCAAUGUCCAGCUCGACACCGACAACACGGAUCGCGCAGUGAAACGGAUGAAUGUGCAGUUCAACACCGACAACGCGGAUCGCGCAGAGAAACGGAGGAAUGUCCAGUUCGACACCGACAACGCGGAUCGCACAGUGAAACGGAGGGAAGAUCUCGUCGACGUGAGGCUCGGCGUCGUGGAGAGGAGGGUGGAUUUGGUGCCGAGGAAGCUGCUGAUUAUUGUGACGCCGACGUACAACCGCGCACUGCAGGCCUACUUCUUAAACAGGUUGGGGCAGCUGCUGGGGCUUGUACCCCGGCCACUGCUUUGGAUUGUGGUGGAGACCAACGCUGCGUCGAUGGAGACGGCGGAGAUUUUGAGGAAGAGCGGCGUGAUGUAUAGGCAUUUGGUGUGCGGCAACAAUUCGACUAGGGCCAAGGACCGGGGUGUUUAUCAGAGAAACACUGCUUUGGAGCACAUUGAGCGGCAUAGGCUUGAUGGCAUUGUUUACUUUGCAGACGACGAUAAUAUAUACUCCCUCGACUUGUUUGAUCGCUUGAGGGACAUUAGCCGAUUUGGAACUUGGCCUGUUGCUAUGUUAGCUCAAAGCAAAAACAAGGCGAUAUUGGAAGGUCCAGUAUGCAAUCGGAGCCAAGUAGUCGGAUGGCACACAAAUGAGAAAAGCAAAAGACUUCGUAGGUUUCAUGUUGAUAUGUCAGGGUUUGCAUUUAAUAGCACAAUAUUAUGGGAUCCAAAGAGAUGGCACCGCCCCACUUCUGCUCCAAUUCGACAAUUAGAUACAGUGAAGGAGGGUUUCCAAGAGACCACUUUUAUAGAACAAGUUGUGGAAGAUGAGAGUCAAAUGGAAGGUACCCCAGCCGGCUGUUCAAAAGUAAUGAACUGGCAUCUUCAUUUGGAAGCUCAUGGUCUUGUUUAUCCCAAAGGCUGGCAACUUGCGAUGAACCUUGAUGUUGUUCUCCCCAUUGAACGAUAGAACUCACUAGCCGUGCAGUUUUGAUGCUUAUAGCUUGAGAAAGUUCUUGACUUUCAUGUUGGUGCUUCACCGCUCGCUGAACGGAUCAUUGCUUGAUUGUGGUACAAUCGAAGCACCAACAAGCCUGAAAAAACUCAGCUGGUGAUGGCAAACAAACCGAAGAUUCGUGGUUGUCAAAUUGUGUUGUUCUCUGCGUGAUAUUCUUUUAACAGAAACGAAAUUUUUGUUUGUUGUACAUCUCCCGGGGUUUGGUGUCGUUUGAUUGUUCUUUUAAAUUGCUUAAUGCUCGAACAGUUAGCACAGCUCUCGCCGAAAUAGGUGGGAGUUAGUUAGGUUUGUUACGAGUUAGGUUUGUUACGGAUGCCAUACUCCGUGAUGCAGACCGCCUUGUAUUGUACCCAAAUUCCAAUCAAGGAAAGCAAAAUGGCAACUUGUCCUGAAA